AUGUUUUUGCAACUAUUAAUUGAAUUUGCAAUUUUGGCGGCGAUUGGGGUCUCUGGGGCCGCAGAAUCUGCGGGGAAGCCCGCAGUCGAAGUCAGCAGGCUGCGGCUGGGCUGGUACUUAAGCGACGCGGAGAAAGCGCUGCAGACUCUCGAGUCUCGCUGGCGGCUGUCCACAGAUGCUGUGAAAAGGGAAUUUGAAAGUCUUUAUACGACUUGGGGGCUUCUCGGGGAGCCCGGGGGCCUCGAGUUGGUGCUGCUGCUGCAGCAGCAAGUGGCGGCGGCGCGCAGCUGCCCGUUUCCCCCGGACAGCAGCAAAAAGCCGCAGACGGACUUCGCGCUGCACUUGCUGCUGCUGCGGGCCGUUUGCAAGGCAGCAACCAGCCGGCUGAAGGACUUGGAGAGUCUGCACGCGCUGCGCGCAGCAGCGGGGCUGCAGCAGCAGCAGCAGCAGCAGCAGCAGCAGGAGGCGCCGGGCAGCGGCUUUUUGGACUCUGCUGCUGCUUCCGCGGCUCUUUCGGGAGAGAAAAAAGCCAGCUUUACUGCUGCAGACUUCCUCUUGUCCCUCGGAAUCCCCGUGACCAGUGGUCUCCCGGAAAGUUCCGUAAACGCGGACUUGGCGAAGAAGUUCAAGUUGCUGUUUGCUGCGCCUGCGCGGCGCACAGUGAACGACUGCGCAGUGAAGAGCGACUUCGCCGCUUUUUUCGAAACUUUUAAAAGUUUUCCUUUUCAAAACUUUGUGGCUUUCGAGGCUUUUCAAGUGCCCUGUACAGACACCUGGAUUCCCACGCAAGAACUUGCAAACGCCACUUCCCAGCUCUCGCUGGAAGCAGCAAACCAGCUGCUGCUGCAGCGCGAGCAGCACGCGCAGCAGCUCGCGCACCACUGGUCCACACCAGUGGUCCUUGCUGCUGCAGCGCAGCAGCAGCAGCAAAACCGAGCAGCAGCAGAAGCCCGCAGGAAGCAAAGAAGCCAACAGAUCCGAAGACUCCUCGCCCAGGGGAGGCCCCCCAACGAUCUGCUGCUCGCAGCAAUAGCUUUGCUUUGA